AUGGAUCCGCUUUCCAUCACUGCAGGAGCGAUUGGGAUUGCAGAUGUUUGCUUGCGCGUCGUCAUUUUCCUGAAAGACAUUCCAGGUGCGGUCGCGGCGGUUCAACAGGAGAUCAACGCCUUGAUCUCAGAGGUGGAAUCCUUAAGAGCCGUCCUAGCUUCGGUUGAAGCAACAUUUAAUGGCGACAUAGGAAGCCCCGCAAGAUUAUCCCUUCUCAAAGCCACCAAUCUCGAAGACCUAUCAAGGAAAUUUCGCACAAGCAUCGAGGAUUGCUAUGACCUAGCAACAAGACUAGAGCAAAUGACCAAGAAGGUCUACGGUAAAUCUGGCUCUACGGUCAUUGGAAAGGUGGAUGGGCUUAGGAAAGAGUUCCGUAGGCGCGACAAGGAUGCAGACCUUGGAAGGCUACGUAUAGAGCUCUCCGCUGAAAAGCACAACCUGACACUACUGCUUAAUGGAAUCAGUCUGCACAACCAGAAAGCUUCCCAAGGAACCUUGAAUCAAAUAUCCAGAGAUAUAGGUUCACUCAAGGCAGAAAUUGCAACACUUGAGAGUCGCCUAGCGCCGCCUGGAAGCGAUGACCAGGACAAUGAGCAGAAAGAACCCACAAAGUCGUCGAGGAUCAGGCGACUACAAAGAUCCAUCCGAUCAGUUGCCACGGCUCUCUCUACCACCACUCCAAAUGAGUUUUUUGACAUACCUCAGCCUGUCAGCAGCUAUUACACAGGUCGCGCCCAGUACUUGGAAAAAUUGCAGAAUAUACUUGUGGCCUCCACAGCCGACGAGCAGGACCCACAACAGCAGCGUUUUGUUGUCUACGGCAUGGGGGGAUCGGGAAAGACACAGUUUUGUUGCAAAUUUGCAGAACACAAUCGAGAGAGCUAUUGGGGCAUCUUUUGGAUUGACGCCACAUCGCAUGAACGGAUCAAGCAAACCUAUGCAGAGAUCGGAAAACUUGGAAAGGUAGAGGCAAGCCACACUGCUGCAAUGCAUUGGCUAUCCAACCGAGAAGACAGAUGGCUCUUGAUAAUGGACAAUGCCGACAACCCGCGAAUUUCACUCGACCAAUACUUCCCCAGAGGCGAUAGAGGUCAUAUCAUCAUAACAACUAGAAACCCAUCCCAUAAGGGGUAUGGUAACAUUGGGCCUCGUUUUUUCAGGUUCGAAGAUUUGAGCAAUGAUGAUGCCAGCGACCUUCUUCUUCGUGCGACCACAUUAGCGCGACCAUGGGACGCUGAUUCUUCGUCAUGGGCGAGAGCAAUCACUCGGCAGCUUGGCUGUCUUGCACUUGCUUUGAUCCACGCCGGUAGCGCGAUUCGAAAUGGUUUGUGCACGCUGAAGAAUUACUUAGCCUUCCACGACACCCAAUGGGAGCACAUUCGCAGUAUGCGGAGAUUAUCUGUUGACGUUGACGAUGAAGAGAAGUAUUCGAGUGUACACGCUACAUAUGAAAUCUGCUACAAUGGAAUUGAAGACAAAGGAACGCAAGAAUCAAAGGAUGCGAUUCAAUUGCUCAAUAUGUUCUCAUGCCUCUAUCACAAGAAAAUCCGAUUCGAUAUUUUAACGAAGGCGAUCACCAACUGUGAGAUAGAAAGAGCUCAGCGGGAGAAGGCGACACAGGAUGGAAAAGGCCAGCUAUUAGACUGGCACCAAAGGCACAAUGAACUACGAUUAUUCCUACUGGUUUAUCUCACGAAGGAACAUGGCCGUCCUAUAUUGCCUGACUUCAUACGACAAGGCCGAGAAUCAGAGACUCUCGACGUACCAAGAAUACGCUAUGCACUAAAAGAGCUGACCCAAAUGUCUCUCAUCACGCAUGACGGAUCUGAUGACAGCUAUUCAAUGCACCCUCUAAUACAUGAAUGGGCACGCAAGAGGCCGGGCAUGAGUACGUCAGACCAAGCUGUUUGGUUACACGCUGCAGCUACAACGCUGGUCCACUCACUUCUCAUCCCACCUCUCGGCGAGGCUGAAGCUGAAGAGCGCUUUCGAAUCAGUAUUCUCCCACACGUUGAUCACGUACGUAAGCUACAGGAAACAGCGAAGCACAAGAUCUUUGAAAAACGUAAAAGCCGCAAGCCCAGACUUUUUGGACUUCUCAAUUGGCUCGACUGGCUCUGGGUGGAAUCAAACUUUAAUCAAGCACAGGCAUUGCGUGACGCAAAGUUCAGCAUGGUAUAUGUCCAAAACGGGCGUUGGGGCGUUGCCCAGGAGCUUCAGACGGCAGUGAAGGAUUCAUUCGAGCAGAACCUCGGCCAAACCCAUUCUCUCACUCGGCGGAUAACACUGGCCCUGGCAAGCACAUAUCACUACCAAAGUCUUGUGGAUGAGGCGGCGAGUCUGCAAGAAUCAGUCUUGAAUGCAUGCAUUGCCUCUUUAGGGCCUGCUCACGUUGACACCCUGAAAACAAUGGACCUCCUUGGUCAAUCGAGAUGGCAGCAAGGAAGAUUCAGCGAUGCCAAAGUACUUCAGCAGAAGGCCGUUGACGGACUCCUCAAGUUACAAGGCCCAAUGCAUGUGGACACACUCUCUGCAAUGGGUUACCUUGGUCGGACGCUGGGCAAGUUCUACGAAAAUUAUGACAAGGCAUUUCAGCUACUUGAAGACUCAUAUGCUGGGUUGAAAGAAAUCCAAGGUCCCGCACAUUCAAGGACCUUGGAGGUGAAAGAAGAAAUCGCUAUGUUGAAUCUACAAGUUGGGACCAAGUUGUCCGUUGCGUCAGGGAUGAUGCAGGAAGUGCUUGAAGCUCGCAAGAAGACUAUGGGCAAAGAGCACCCGUUCACUCUCUUUGCAAUGGCAAGUAUGGCAAGAUUCAAUAUUGCACUGGGUCGAUACAACGACGCAGAAGAUCUGCUUCGCAGUGGACUAGAGAUUGCGGAUCGAAACCUCGGUGAAGAUAACCUUGGGACGCUCAUGGGAAGGACCUGGCUGGGCACUGUUCUUGCCCAUCAAUCCAGAUUUGACGAAUCAGAAGCAACACUUCUUCGGGUGAUGGAGAAACUGCGAAAUAUUUCGUCAUAUCGCGGUGAAAAUCAUCCCGAUCGGCUGAACGCGAUGAUCCAGCUGUCAUUGUGCUAUAGGCUGCAAGGGCGAUAUGACGAAGCCAUACGGCUCUGUGAUCGGAUCAUCGAGGGCCUUCAGAAGAUCAGUGUGACGCAGCAUCCGCUUGAAAUAAAGACAAGAGCGGAUAAGCGUGAAUUGAUUGAGCUGAAAGCUGCCCGAGUCGGGGGAAAUGAGCAGUGA